GCUUUUGCACAUGAUAUUUAUAAUUAUGUGUACGUGAGACAGUGCACGAUCGAUUAAUCAACUAUCUAGCUAGAAUUAGAUCUCUAGACUUCCAUAGCAGUUUUGGUUCUACUGCGCAGAGGUUCAGUAUGUCCUACCCACCUCCGCAAGGCUACUAUCAGCAAGGCGGGUACCCACAGGCCCAGGCACCACCGCCUGGAGGUCAAGGUUACCCCCCACCAGGAGGACAGCAGCCUGGAGGUCAAGGUUACCCCCCACCCCAGCAACAGCCACCAGCUUAUGGCCAGCCUCCUCCAGUAUCUCAAGGAUAUGGGGCCCCACAGCUCUCGUCCCAGAUGUCCGGAAUGAGCCUGCAACAGGGACCACCCCGUGCUGGAGACACUGCUAUACUGUCUUGCUUCACAGAGGGCAAUGUGGUGAUCCUUCAGUCUCGUGCCAGCGAGAAGUCCCUCCGUGUAUCACAGGACGGGGAGGUCCAGGGGACAGGGGCACACGGACCAUUCGCUCAGUUCCGUGUCCAUGUGAAACGCCCUGGGGUCGUAUCACUGCAGAAUGUGAAGAACCCUGAUUACUGGCUGGCUGUGUUCCAGGGGAAGACAGUGGGGACGGGCAAGGGUGGUCCCUACUGUGAGUUUAUGGUCAACGAAAUUGAGGGUCGCUUCGUAGCCCUGGAGAGUGUGAGCACUCCUGGACAGUAUGUGGGUAUCCUCCCUGAUGGUUGUGUCAAACCACCUGAUCAGACACGCACUGGAAAACACGGUCGCUUUGUAGUCACGGUGCAUGUUCGUGCUGGCCCGGCCCCUCAGGCCCAGCCGUCGCCCCCGCAGCCUCACUACCCACCUCCGGCUCAGCAGGCCCAACCGUCCCCCCCGCAGCCUCACUACCCACCUCCGGCUCAGCAGGGACCACCCCCAGCCCAGUACCCUGUGCCUGGGUACCCCCCACCUCAGCAACAGCCAGCAGGCUACCCCCCACCACAAGCUGGGUACCCCCCACAGCAACAACAGCCCCCUCCCGAGCACCAGCUACCGUAUGGAUACAAAGUGACGGAUGCCUUCCAGGCUGGCAACGUUGUUCAGCUCAUAUCCCGGCCGACAGGCCUACCACUUCAAGUGCUUCGUGGAUUCUUCACUUCUACUGCAGGACAACUUGGCACCACUGACAGUCAAUGGAAUGUCGUUGUGCCCCAAGGCUGUGCCCCUGGAGUGUUCAUGCUACAUAAUGUCAAGUGGCCUGGAAUGUACCUUGCUGUGAAGAAGGGGAAAGUUCACAAUGGCAACGGUGGACCAUUCUGCCAUUUUGUAGCGCGCACUCAUCCGGACAACUAUGUUAGCUUUCUAUCAGUGGCCAACUCCAACCAAUAUCUAGCGUUUGCUGAGCAUGGCAACGCUGUCGCCACUAACAGCGUGGCAGAGUCUGACAUCCGCACUCAGUUCUACAUCAGGAUUAAUAAAAUGAGACACGGUCACUCAUCCACCAUCAGCACUCCCUUUGGAAGGGCCUCCCUGGCAAACCAGCUGACGGAUGGCUGUGUAGUCCAGCUCUACCUCAAGUCCAACAACUUUUAUCUGUCGAUCAAUGCUGCUGGAAUUUUGCAGAAUAUUGUCAACGGGAACGACAAACACACAUUCUUCAAGGUAUCUGAUCGUGGGAUGGGCAUAUACUCACUGCAUGCUUACAAGUACCCAGGGUACAGAGUUCGGAUGCAGAAUGGAGCUCUCGUGGGGAAGGGUUCUCCGGACUUGGCUAGCGACUUUCGUCUCAAGGAGAGCGUUGAUGGGACAGUCAGCUUUGAGAGUGUGAUACAAUCAGGAUCAUACGUCGGGAUAAAGGGACCGGCUGGAUUCCAGACCAAGCUCUACAUAUUCCUCGUGACUAUCCAGAAGUUUGGUGGAUCUGAAACUAUUACAAAGACUCCUCUGAACUGAGAGACUGUGCCACUUAAUGUGGAUAUUUUGUGACAAUAUUUAAUCUAUUAUAGUGAUUGUUAGUACUUUGCACAGUAAAUGCUUAAAUUGGACAUGCAGUUUUUUUAUUCAUAAUAAUACUGUUUUUUGAUCUGUGAA